AUGUAAAAAUGCAAUAAAAAUAGGUUAUUUAACUCGAGCCUAUAUCAUAUUGAAUAUGAUCUAACAACUUCAUUUGGAGCUGAAUUAUUCUGCUUAAAGGAAAAUACUAUCCUAGAAUAAAUAGGAGAAGCUCAAUUUUUGGCUCUCUAUUUAAGUCCUUGUGAUUAGGAAUUUCUUGAUUUGAUGUACCCUGGCUCAGUUUGCUAAAAAGAUCCUAAUUAAGUUUCAUAUGUUUUAACUAAUUCAUAUUUAAGGAUCAUAAGUACAAUCAGGUACUUUGACGUCGAGGAUUUUUCGGAAAGUCCCGUAAAAACAUCGGUAUUGUCAAAUUCUUACUACAUUAAUAAAUCUACUUUAAGAUUAGCAACCUUUGCAAUGAAAAGAGAUAUUUCAAUAGGAUCAAACUCAAUUUUUCACGAAUCCUUAGAUUAAUUUAAAUAUGAUACUAUCUAGAUGGAUUUACAGGAGCUCUCAAACAUUGAUAGAAUAGAUGAGGAGGACUAUAUAAUUGCAAGAAUGAUAAUGAGAAAUAAUAUAAAUAUUCUUGAAAGAAAAGUAAAUAAUUUCUUACAGUUAUUAUCCUCAAUUGGUGGUCUACUUGGUUUGCUAUUUACCUCUAUAAGGUUAUUGAUAUAACCUUUUCAAGAGUUUCAAUUUAAUAAAAGUAUAAUUAAAAAAAGGUACCUAAUUGAAAUGAAUUAGGGAAACAAUUUGAAAAAGCAAUCAAAUGAUGAGGUAUAAUUUGAUCUCAAUGAAGGUUAAGUUAAUUCAUAUCUUGAAAUGAUAAAAAAACUUAAGUCUAGAAUUCCAUUUAUUUAUACAACAAAAGAUGUAUUAGUUGAUAAUUUUGAAGAAAUUUUUUAUAUUACUUACAUGAUUAAGCACUUUCGAGAUUUUAAAAUGUUUAAGAAUAUGAUUCUUUAGAGAUACUAAAAAAAGCUAUUGCCAUAUUUUUAUGAUAAUCUUAUAACUUCAUCUUAUACUAAAAAACAAGGAAAGAUAUAACAAACUUUUAAUAAGAUUCAAGAAAUUAACUUAGCGUAGGGAAUAGCUCCAAUUAUGAUAGAACUUUUUGCGAACGAAAAAGCGAUUGCAAAUCCUUAUAACCAAGUUAUUUUAAACAGUCUAUUCAAUCCAUAACUAAAUCAUUAGAAAUUAGAAACAUUAUAGUCAAAGAUGUUCGUUGGAAUUCUUAGAAAAUUUGUAAUUUAGAAUAUAUAUGAUAUUAAAACUCAUACUUAAAGUCAAGUAAAGAAUAUAUAAGAUAAAAAGAAUACUUAUUCUUAAAGACCCUUAAAUAGAGUGAAGUUAGGAGGUGAACAACAUGAAUUAAAUAAUUUGACUAAAUAAAACAAUGGAAUUCCUAAAAUUGGAUCUUUUAAAUUAGAGGAUUUUCAUUUAAAAAAUAGAUAUUAGACCAUUAAACGCUUCGAUGAUACCUCUCAUGAUACAAAUUAAAUAUUACAACCAUAAAUCAAUUCACUCCAAUAAGUCGUCAAUUAAAGCAUGAUUAAAAAUCAAGCAAGCUUCAGAAAGAUUAGAAAGAAUUAUUACAAUAACGAAAUCGACCCUGAAAUCGACUUUUAAUAGAGGAAAAGUCACCUUAAAUUUAAUUCUAAUUAUAAAAAAAGUGAACGCUAAUGA